AUGAUAGCUCAGUUGCUAGAAUCAAUUUGUAUUCAAGUUGGAUAUUUUGAAAUUCAAAUUAAGUUGCCCUUGCUCCCAUUUUUUUUUACAGUAGGUCGAUUAUUUUCAUUACUGUUUGUGAUCUAUCCACAUAGCUACGCUGAUGAUUUACAGCAUACAACAAAUCCAACAAAGGAUAAUCAGUUCUACUCAUUGUUGUAACUACAAAUCGAACUGUUAAAUGAAGGACUUGGGAAUUACAAAAUACAACAUUAUUUUUCGUUGAUAUUUAAUUGUGCAAUUACUAUACUAGUUGGAAUAAGUAUCAUUCUUAAUUAUGAUUAAAAAGAGAGAGUUGAUGAGAAGGUGAAAUAGUAAAAUAUAAAUACUAUUUUCAUGAGAGUCUUCUGUCUCUUAAAUUCAUUUAUAAAAGUAACAAUCAUACAACCCUUAUUAAUUAUUGGCCUGUAUAACAUAAAAAAUUCAUUGUAAAAUCAACUCUACUUAUGGAUUAUAAACGAUAUGUUAUUUUUAUGCUACAUCCAUUUUACUCAAAUACUCUACUUUUUACUAACAGAAGGCGCGCUGGUCAUAUAAAUGCGCUCCUACAAGAAAUUGUAAGUUUCCUUUGUAGACUAUAUUACAUACCUAUUAAUUAUGUCUUAACCCUACAUUUUUACCUUUUGUUCACCCAGUAUCGUUAAUUAUGCCCAAUCAAUUAUCUAUUUAUUAAUUACCCUAUGUGAAUUACAUUCUAUUUUCAUCUCAAGGGUAUAUUCACAAAAAGCUCAAAUAUAUCUUUUGAUCGCGAUUCAUUCAUGUGGAAUAUUCAUCUCUUUGUGUAUAUUUUCAAAUAUUGAGAAACCUUUAAUUUACAUAUUUUUACUUACUCCAUUUUUAAUUUAUAUUGGAUUAUUUGAAUAUCAUAGUACAUUAUUUGAGAUGGAAAAUGCGGAGCCCUCGCUCUUAUCCUAGUUAGACCUCAAUAAUUUAAUUUGCAGAAAACUUUCAAAUUAGAAGUCCUCUUUCCAUCAAACUUGUGUACUUAAUUCAAUUAAAUUGAGGAAACACCUUUUAAAAUGCUCAAAGGUUGAAUGUUUUUGUCACAAUUAAUACCACUAUUCGGCAGAAUCUGAAUAAUUUGGAAUAAUUCCGGAUACUAUUGAGGAAGAAAUUAAAUUCGCUCUGAUCAAGAGUUUGAAAAAAUCGAUUUAAUAAUAGUCAAAAGAUAAUAUUUACAUCUUUUGUCAUGUGUUAUUUGCUUAAUAGUUUCAUGGAGAAGUGUAUGAGAUUUACUCUAAAAUUGAAAACAAAGGUAUCUUAGACAAUCUGAGCAGAGUACAAAGGAUCAAAUGGAAAGUAUUUACUAUGAUUAUCAAGUAAAAUCUAUACAAUAGUUUCACUGCAAAAGUUGAAAAUUACAGCAAAGAUUAGUCAAAUCUAUAAGUCAAGAUUAAUCAAUUUGUUCAAUCAGAAAGUUUCAAUCAAAGCAUAAAGGAUGGAUUAAUAAAUAUAAUUCAAAGAAAGUUGGAAUUCUCAAAAAUCCUUCUAGAAUAACAAAGGCAAAAUGACUUUUUAACUUAAUACUUCGAUCUGAUUAAGUCAAUAGACAAACAAGAAACAUCAUUACGAACGAUAUAUGAAAGAUUUCCAAGUAUUUAUAUGUACAUAUUAAAAUAGGUUAGAAGAAUCAAUCGCAGCUUAUGUUCUUUUAUGGGGAAAUUAAGUAUGAUUGGUAAAAGGCCUUUGAUUAAUUGCAGAUAAAUGCUCUGGAUAAUUAACUAUUAGAUCAAUCUAAUGACAUAGAUAUAAAUAGAUUAACCAACAAAAUGUCAUAUGUGAUAUUCUCUUUUGAGGAAAGAAAGUUAAAAAUCAGAUCAUUCUCCAAGAGAGCUCCAUAAAUCUUUGGAUAUAAAAAUAAAGCAUUUGAUAAUAUUGUUAAUUCAGAUUUAUUGAUUCCCAGGAUUAUUAGAGACAAUCACAAUGGUUAUAUAGAGUAAUUCUUAUGUGAUGGGAAGGGGAGUUUCUUCAGGAAGAAAGCUGAAAUAAUUUGCCAAUUAAAAUCUGGACUGCUGCAAAAUCUUGAAUUCUUUUAUGACUUGUACUUUGAUAGCAAUCAGUGUUUUCGUUUCAUUGCAUUUUUUAAUACAAUCGAAUAAGUUGAUCCUACAAUUUUGAUUGAUCUUAACAACAGAAUUCAAGGGGUUAAUAAGGAAUUGUUUAAACAACUUAACUUCAAUCCAAAAACAAUUGAAGCAUUGUAAAUUGAGAAAAAUUUCUAUAACAUUUCUGCUACCAACUUCUUUCCAAGCAACGUAUUAAACAGUAAUAGCAAUACAGCCUCUUUUUAAUUCAGCUUUCCCAAAGAAUCUUUCUUUUUAUAAUUAGUUCAGUAGAAGGUAUCUUUAUAGAAAAUCGAUGCUAAUCUAAACACUUAUGAUGUCAUUUGUGAUAUUCUGUUUAGGAGUAACUAUAAAAUAGUGAAAUUCAAAAAAAUGCAAGAAAUUGGAUAAUUCCGAUAAUUAGUCUCAAUGGAUGCAUAAAGCAUAAAUGAUAAACUAUUCAUUAUCAAUGAUGAAGAAUCCAUUCUAUACCCCUAUGAUGGGAAUAUGGUGUCUCCCAAAGAGUCCUGCAUAAAUAAUAUAAUAUUUGAUACUCAAAGAAAAACGGAUAUGAAGAUAUUUAGUGAUACUGAAGAUAGAAAUUAAAUGAUUAAAUACAGUAAAAAUGAAAUCAUGCAUGAAUAUAGUGAUUCAUGUUUUACGGAAUAGGAAGAUAAAACAGUAUAGGUCUUAGGCAAUAUCUAUGAGAAUGACAUAAGAAAUUAAGAAAAUAGGAUCGCUGGAGGAUCCUAAGCAUCCUCAAUGGCUGGAUUAAGGAAAUCUGUUUUUUAUAGAAAAUAUUCUCUCAUAAAUAUACUCAAUAAGAACAAUAUCAGGAGUCCAAUGCUCCUAAAACUAGUAGGAUUAUUGUUUAUAAUCUUAAUUAGUCAAUUCAUAUUUUUAGUAAUCGUAAUUAUUUUAUUAUCAUAUGUAGAAUAUUAUCUAUUCCAAAUAAGAUUUCAAAUCUCUUAAUUACUAUUAUGAGUCCAUCUAAAUCAACCAUUACUUUAUUGAACCCAUGUAAAAAUUCUUUUUAACUCGGUACAUGCUACAGGAUUAUUAAAUCACUUCAUAUUAUGGCGAGUUGAAUUCUACUGAAUUGUAAUUCUAUCUAAAGUUUAUAAUGCCACUCUUAAUAGAUUCCUUUGAGGAAUUUAAAUAAAACUUUUAAGAUCAUUUUCAAGAUGAAAGCUUCUCCUCAUUCAUCAAAGAUUAAUAUGUUGUAGUAAGGCAAUAGACUUACCAUUACUCUCCAAUUAAACUAUAAGAAUACAAUGUUACCUUGUUCAACGCUUUUAGUAUUCUAUUGGAUGCUUUUUAUAAGUAGUAACAAAUCUACGUCACCAAUUCUCCUACUCGAGGAACCAAUCCCCAUAACACCUAUCAAUACAUAAAUUAUAUCCUGUUUGUUACUAUAUUUGAUCAGAUAUCUGAUUAAAUGUACGAGGAAUCAAUUGUGUAGAUUGAUCUGGUUGUGACUAGAUGGCUAGUCCUAGUAAUCCCCAUUUCUAUCAUAAUAUCGACAAUAGUACUCCUAUUAGCAUAUUACCAUAAUCUAUUCAACCAUUUGUUAGAAAAGUUUUUUGCACUAAAUACCUUUGUCGAAUAAUCAGCUAUUGAAAGUGAUAAUGCAAGACAACUCUUUAUUUUGUAGACUCUAAAAUAAGGAUCAGAUUUAAUUCAUAGAUACAAGUUUAAUCUAGUAGGAAAGGAGGAAAUGCUAAGAAAAACUCAUGUGAAAGAUAAGAACAAAAUUUAGAACGAAAUAAGAAGUACAAAAAGCAGUAUAAAGUUUACUAAGAUACCUUUAAUUAUAUUGAUCGUAUUCUUUUAACUGCAAUAUUCCCUUAUUGCAGGACCAUUAACCUAUGUGGGAGCCAAGUAUAUGAGAAAGUUUCCAGAUACAAUUAAUUUUUUUAAGUCUUUCUCUGACAUUGGUGUCUAUGUCCCGGCUGCCUUUUCACAAAAAGAGAUGCUCUAUUAUUUUUCGUACUUUUCAUACUUCACCAAAGAUGAUAGAGCAUUUUUUAUUGAAUAGAUUGAAAAAGCAGUUUUGAAGAUCGAUACUUUUUUAAGUUUAAAAAUAGACGGUGAUGAUUUAUAGUUCUCUCCUUAAUUUUUGGACAAUUACGAGUUCUAUGAAAAGAACAACCUUUGUCUUCUUUUAAAUAGCACGAAAUAUUUUGAUUUUGACUAUUUUUGUUAUAAUUCGUAAAAUGGUAUUUUGAAGUUAGGAUUGAUUACAACUUUAAAUUCAUUCAGUAAUAUACUAAAAGAUUAAUUGGAAAUCGACUUUCCAAUGUCAAGGGAAAUACCUCCAAAGGAAGAGUUGGAAGCUGUUUAUUUUUGCUCCGACAUUGUAUCCACAAUUACUAGGCAGAUGGCCUAGGAUAUUUAGGAACAAUCAAUUGAGUUGGAAUAGACCUAUGAUGUAAGAUAAGUAUGUAAUAAUUUUAGAUUAUAAAUGGACUUGCUCUGACUUUCACUCUGUUGUUGAUGUUAGUAGUGUACUUUAGAAUAUAUCAGAGUUUUAAAUUUAGACUUUGUAAAACUAAGGCUAUUUCAUUGGUUUUUCCACUGCAAACCAUUUUUUUGAAUGAUCACUAUGAAAGGGAACUGCGCAGAAUAGUUACGGCAGAAUAACUCAUUUGA